AUGUCUACAAAUACUAUCUUAAUUUGUUUGGUAAUAUUAAAUUUUAUAACAAUCCAUUAUGCUUAUCGUAUAAUUCCAAAUAAUGAACCAAUACAAACAUUAUUUCGUUCAUAUGAAUAUAGUCCAAAUGAUGAACAAACAUUGGUUAAUUUAUAUAAUUUAAAACAAGCAGAAGAACAAAAUUUAGAUAACUCUUAUUUGAUUCUUUGUCAUCCAAGAUCAUCGCAUAUACUGUGCAAUAAAUUAGAUAAUUUUUCUCGUCGAGAUACCGGCUUCUUACGUUUUGGUCGCAAACGAUAA